UCCGUAUGGGGUUGGGCAUAGUAAUGCUCAUUAUUUUACGGUGCACUUUGUGUGUGGAUCAGCAGAGCGAAACAACAUGACUUCACCACUUCAUCUCUUCCAAUAUCUCCCGCCAAUAUCUACAGCAACGGGCACAAACCAGAGGCUAAGAUCUUCACUACUGCCGCCCAAUAACCCCUCUGCCUCUCCCAGAGACUCUUAUCCGUACAUCAAAGCUUGCUCCGGAACCACAGCCAGAAGUGAGAAGAGGAAUGGCCCAGAUGACUACCACGCAAUUCUCAAAGCUCUCAACUCUAAAGGCCGCUUCCCUAGGAAAUCUCUUGGCCAGCACUACAUGUUGAACUCGGAGGUCAACGAGCAGCUUUCCAUGGCAGCUGAGGUUAAAGAAGGUGAUUUGGUAUUAGAGAUUGGACCAGGAACGGGGUCUUUGACUAACGUUUUAAUCAAUGCAGGUGCUUAUGUCCUCGCAAUUGAGAAGGAUCCUCACAUGGCUGCUCUUGUUAGUGAAAGAUUUGCAGGCACAAACCGUUUUAAGGUUAUAUCCGAGGACUUUCUCAAAUGCCACAUCCGAUCGCAUGUGCUAUCGAUUAUGGAAAGUGCAAAGUCUCUGAACAUAAAUUCAACAUAUGCAAAAGUAGUCUCAAAUCUUCCAUUUAAUAUAAGUACAGACGUAGUUAAGCAACUUCUUCCAAUGGGCGACGUAUUCUCAGAAGUUGUUCUCUUACUCCAGGAGGAGACUGCUGUGCGUUUAGUAGAAUCGUCGUUGGGGACACCUGAAUACCGACCAAUCAAUAUCUCUGUCAAUUUCUAUUCAGAUCCUGAACUCAAUUUUAAGGUGCCAAGGACAAACUUCUUCCCUCAGCCUAAUGUUGAUGCUGCUGUUGUAACAUUUAGGCUGAAGCGAGCUGAAGACUACCCCCCGGUUACCUCCGCUAAAAGCUUCUUCUCCAUGAUCAAUUCUGCUUUCAAUGGGAAACGGAAGAUGUUGCGAAAAUCACUUCAGCAUAUAUGCUCAUCAACUGAGAUCGAGAAUGCUCUAGAUAGCAUUGGUCUUCCAGCUACGUCGAGACCGGGAGAGCUUACUGUGGAUGAUUUUGUGAAGCUUCAUAAUUUGAUUUUGGAGAUCUAAUUCUAACUCUGGUUCGUUCUACGAAAGCUAAACUAGAGAAAUGACUAUGCAUACACUCAACUAUGGCUAAAGAUGGAUGGAAAAUUAGAUUGACAAUCCAAUCCUGAAUUUUCCAGCUGCAGAAGGGAUUUGGCACUCGGCUGCAUUGCUUGGAAUCAAAGAAUUUUCUUGCCCCCAAAUCAAAGAGGCUCAAUUAGUUAUGUUGCAUCACUUAUCUUGUAUUGAAAUCUUUGGCAAACAGAAAUGGAGAAAUGCAACUUCUUGUUUGCUGAGACAGACAGUGUAAACAUCAUCACCAUAUAAGAAAAUAAAAUGAAAUCAAAAAUGCAGUUGAUGUAUCUGUAAAAUUGUUUCGACUCAGUACAAGAAAAUAAUAUUUUAUCAUUCAAAGGUUGAAGUCAAAAA